AUGGAACCCCGUUAUCGCCGGCCGAUCGGUAACGCCCGGACUUCACCUUCGACACUCCCCGCCAUGGACGAGAAACACCCCCGGAUUCCCUUCAAUGAUGCGCCUGUCCAGAGGCCCAAGUCAUCUCGGCGCAGCUGGGGCCUGGUCCUUUGCACUCUGCUGGCCGGCGGCUGGUUCUUCUGGCCGCGUUAUCACCACGCGCGCGUGCUCAGUAUUGAAGAUCGAGUACACAACAUUCUGACUCGGACUCCUCUGAUCGACGGUCACGAUGACUUCCCCAUUUUCAUCCGGCAGUUCUAUCACAACCACAUCCACGAGUCCAAUUUCACCAAGUCCUUUGCUGACGGCACCCUGGGUGGCCACGUGGAUCUGCUUCGCCUGAAACGGGGGCAUGUCGGUGGCACUUUCUGGAGCGUCUUCGUACCCUGCCCCGCGGAUUGGACUGACUUUUCCGACGAGAACUAUGCGGCCAGCAUCCGCAUGACCGUGGGGCAAGUUGAUGUUAUGAAGCGCGUGCAGCAGGCCUAUCCGGACGUUUUCUCCGCACCUCCCAACGGCACCACGGCUCUGAGCGCUUUCCAGGAGGGUAAGAUCAUCUCACCCCUGGGCAUCGAAGGGUUGCAUUCCGUUGGCAACUCCUUCGCUCAUCUUCGCAUGUUCUUUGAAAUGGGUGUGUCCUACGCAACUCUCACCCACAACUGCCAUAAUCGAUAUGCCGACGCUGCACUCGUCGAGCAGCCGGAUGGCAGCAUCCGCAAGGCGGAUCCUCUAUGGCACGGCGUAAGCCCGGCCGGUCAGAAGCUGGUGUACGAAAUGAACCGGCUUGGAAUGAUCGUUGAUCUGGCCCAUGUGAGCCAAGACACCAUGCGCGAUGUCCUGGGCUCCGGUAAGACCGACUGGACUGGCAGUCGUGCUCCCGUUAUCUUCAGCCACAGCUCGGCUCAGGCGCUGUGCCCGCAUCCGCGAAAUGUGCCCGAUGACAUUUUGGAGUUGGUCCGGCAACGCUACUCGAUCGUGAUGGUUAACUUUGCACCAGACUUCAUCUCCUGCUCGGCAUCCGAUGGUGACGACGGCCUGCCUGAGGUAGACAUUGCUCACGCUACUUUGGAGCGGGUUGCGGAUCACAUCAUGCACAUUGGAUACGUCGCGGGCUUCGACCAUGUCGGCUUGGGGAGUGACUUUGACGGGAUCCUCACCGUGCCCCAGGGUUUAGAUGAUGUAUCCAAAUUCCCGGCUCUGAUUGCCGAGCUCCUUCGGCGGGGACUCAAGGACGAAGAUGCGGCCAAGGUAGCUGGAGGCAAUCUGCUGCGAGUGUGGAGGGAGGUUGACCGGGUUGCUCUCGCGAUGCAGGCCGAAGGUGCUCUCCCCGUCGAGGACUAA